AAGCGCGAAGCCUACAGUAUAUAUAGCUCACCCUCACAGCAUUAGGGUUUUAGUCUGCAAGCCGCUGCUCCAAGUCGCCGAGAGAGCUCCAUCCUCUGCGAAAAUGCCGUCGCACAAGACCUUCAUCAUCAAGAAGAAGCUGGGAAAGAAGAUGAGGCAGAACAGGCCCAUCCCUCACUGGAUCCGCAUGAGGACCGACAACACCAUUCGGUACAACGCUAAGCGCAGGCACUGGCGCCGCACCAAGCUCGGAUUCUAAGGUGGAUGGCUGUUGCUGCUUUGGAAUUGGGCUUUAUGCUGUUUUUCUUAAGGUUUUAAUUCGAGAUAAUAGACUUGGUAAUCUCGGAUGCUUUAUGGUUUGGGAACACUUUGUGCUAGUCCCAUAGUAUGAGAUGGUGAUGAAUUUGUAGCUUAAUUUGUAUUUCAAGUAAUGGGUUGGACCCACUUUUGCAUCAUGGUGAAUUCUUCGUGCCUACGCAAAUCGAUGUUUUACUUGUGUUUUUGUGUUCUA